GUUCCCACCUCUAAUCAACACGUGCGCGCAUAUUUUGCGCGAUUCCUUUUACUUUAAGCACAUUUUAGCAAUAAACUAAUAGAUAAUUAACUAACUGCAAGAUGUCGAUCAGAGAGAAGCUGCUGAUGAAGAAGAUAGUGAAGCGCGAGAAAAUGAAGAAGGAGCUCUCGCAGAAGAAGGGCAAAAACAAGCAGCAGCCGCCCGUGGCAGCGCCAGCGCCGCCUCAACAGAAUGGGAAAAAAGUGAAUAAAAAGCAACAGAAACCAAAAAAGGGACCUUUUGCGAUGGAAGAAGAUGAUGAUUUGGAAGAUGAUUUCCAGAGCGCACCGCUGCUGCCCAAGAAGAAACAACAAAAAAAGAAGCCGCAAAUUCAGGUGGCAAACUCUGACUCGGACUCCGACGAAGAAGAUGAGGAUGAGGAGGAUAUUGUGAUGAGCGACAGUGAGGAAGAUGAGGAAGAGGAGGUCUCGCCGCCACCGAAGCAAAAGCAGCAGAAAAAGAAGCCGCAAAUUCAAGUCGCCAACUCAGAUUCAGAUGAGGACGAGGACGAGGAGGCGGAUGACGAUUUGAAUGAAGAUAGCGAUGAAGAUGAGGACAUAGAGGAGGAGGAGGAGUCCGACAAUGAAGCUGCUGCACCCGUGCCUGCCAAGAAAGUCAAGCUGCUGCCCAACAAAUCGAAGGAGCAGAAUGGCGAGUCCAGCCAUGACGAUGUGCCCUUCACCGUGGAAUCCUCGCUGGCUUCGCUGGACCAACGUGACUCGGAUGAUCGCGCCUUCAGUUCGCUCAAGGGCGCCGUCUCGGAGGCCACGCUGCGCGCCAUCAAGGAGAUGGGCUUCUCGGAGAUGACCGAAAUCCAAGCGAAAUCGCUGACGCCGCUGCUCAAGGGACGCGAUCUUGUGGGUGCAGCGCAGACAGGCUCCGGCAAGACGCUGGCAUUUUUGAUACCCGCCGUGGAGCUGAUCAACAAGCUGCGCUUUAUGCCACGCAAUGGCACGGGCGUUAUUAUUAUCUCCCCGACGCGUGAGCUGUCCAUGCAGACAUUUGGUGUGCUCAAGGAGCUGAUGGCACAUCAUCAUCACACGUACGGCCUCGUCAUGGGUGGCUCCAAUCGUCAGGUGGAGAGCGAGAAGCUGGGCAAGGGCAUCAAUAUACUGGUGGCCACACCGGGUCGACUGUUGGAUCACUUGCAGAACUCUCCCGACUUUUUGUACAAGAAUUUGCAGUGUCUGAUCAUUGAUGAGGUGGAUCGGAUAUUGGAGAUUGGUUUCGAGGAAGAACUAAAGCAAAUUAUUAAUCUGCUGCCAAAACGCCGUCAGACGAUGCUCUUUUCGGCCACACAAACGGCGCGCAUUGAGGCGCUCUCGAAGCUGGCCCUCAAGUCGGAGCCCAUCUAUGUGGGCGUGCAUGAUGAUGAGGUGACGGCCACUGUUGAUGGUCUCGAGCAGGGCUACAUUGUGUGCCCGUCGGAGAAGCGGCUGCUCGUGCUCUUCACCUUCCUCAAGAAGAAUCGCAAGAAGAAGGUGAUGGUCUUCUUCUCGUCCUGCAUGUCCGUCAAGUACCAUCACGAGCUGUUCAACUACAUUGAUCUGCCGGUGACGUCCAUACACGGCAAGCAGAAGCAAACCAAGCGCACGACGACCUUCUUCCAGUUCUGCAAUGCCGAGACGGGCAUUCUGCUCUGCACAGACGUGGCAGCUCGUGGGCUGGACAUACCGCAGGUCGACUGGAUUGUGCAGUACGAUCCACCAGAUGAUCCCAAGGAGUACAUUCACCGUGUGGGUCGUACGGCUAGAGGAUCGGGCACGUCGGGCCACGCGCUGCUGCUGAUGCGACCGGAGGAGUUGGGCUUCUUGCGCUACCUCAAGGCGGCGAAGGUGCCGCUGAAUGAGUUUGAGUUCUCCUGGCAAAAGAUUGCCGACAUACAGCUGCAGCUCGAGAAACUGAUAGCCAAGAACUACUUCCUAAAUCAAUCAGCCAAGGAGGCCUUCAAGUCGUAUGUGCGCGCCUAUGAUUCGCAUCAGCUGAAGCAAAUAUUCAAUGUGAAUACGCUGGAUCUGCAGGCGGUGUCGAAGAGCUUUGGAUUCCUGGUGCCACCCGUGGUUGACCUCAAGGUGGGCGCUGCCAAGCGACAGCGGCCGGAGAAGCGUGUGGGUGGCGGCGGUUUCGGUUACUACAGACAAAUGAAUGACACAUCCGCCUCGAAGCAGCGCCACUUCAAGCAGGUCACUCGUGACCAGGCCAAGAAAUUUAUGCGUUAGUGAAUUGUGCGAAUAGUUUGUAAG